UUAAGCAAACGUGAAGUGAAGUGAUCGAAAAGAACUCCAUCGAGGGAGAAUCCUGUGCAAGACUGCAUCAUCAAGCGCUAUGAAGCUGAUGCCUGACACACUGUUAACGUCGGCCAUAAUCAUUCUUAUCUGCGAGUUCUAUGACAUUCAAGGCCAAACUGUUCAUCCUGGAAUCCGCGUGCGAGUGACAAACAAAGGACUUCAAUAUGCUGACAACGAUGUGGGAAUCCCAACGUUGUUGGAAAAACUCCAGAAAGAUAAAAUAAGAGACAUCAGUCGCAAAGAGAGGGGCCUUGAAUACACUUUGUCUGACAUCAAGAUUAAAAAGUGUUUGAUCGCUUCAUCUUCGCUUUCGACUGCUUCAGGAGAGGGUCUUCGUUUACAAGCAACUGGGAUUGACCUUGAUAUCGCAUUGCUCUUACGUUAUAAAAAGAAAGUCCUGUGGUUUCACGUUAAGGACAAGGUCAAUGUGGAGUUGAAAGUUCGAGGAGUAGCCUUUAACCUGAAAACACGGAUUGGUGUCGACUCCACUGGUCAUCCCACCAUUUCCACGCACGAGCAGGACUGCUCCUCGCAAGUCCGAUCAGUUGAUGUUCAUUUCAGUGGCAGUCGUGCAAAGAAAAUAUACAACUUGUUUAAAAGGAGGAUUGCAGAUAAAAUCAAGGAUGCUCUCAAAAAAAAGAUCUGCAAGGAAGCUGAAGAGGCCAUAAACAGAGACGCAGCAAAGUACUUGGCAACAUAUCCAGUUCUUCGGAAAGUUGGUGAUGUGGCGCAGAUUGACUAUACCCUUGUCGCAAACCCUACAUUUACAUCACAAUAUAUGGAUGUGCCACUUAAGGGUGAAUUUAAAUCCCGCAGAUACCCUCAUGCCACAGCAAUGUUAGUUCCCAAAACAAUCCCAGACUUCGCGGAAGUUGAUAAAAUGGUUUACAUAUGGCUUACGGAUUAUGUUUUCAACACGGCGAGCCUUGUUUUUCACCAUGAAGGAAAACUACGUACCACUAUUAGACCCAGGGAUUUACCUCCUUCUGCCAGGUAUCAGUUGAACACAAAGUUUUUCAAGAACUUCCUAUACCAGCUGUAUAAACUUUACCCCGAUCGACCGGUGUUUCUUAAGGCCUACACAAGCAAGGCUCCUGUUUUCGUGUCGAGUCCUAACAACGUCAAUGUGACGGUGGCCGGUAAUAUUGAAGUGUACGUCAUUUCUAAAAAUGGGACAAAUAUAUAUGCCCUGACACUAGGUGUGAAAGUUAAUGUUCAUGGAUCUGUGGGUGUAAAACAAGGCAACUUGACGUUUCACACCAAUUCAUUCGGAACCAAAUUACAUGUUGUCCGCUCUGCUAUUGGUGAUAUUGAGACAAACGUUGGAUUGCUCCAAUGGUUUCUGAACGGUGUAGAGUCUGGAAAAGUUGUGAAAAAGCUUAAUGUAAUUGGGGAAAGAGGGUUUCCCUUGCCCAUGCUUCGCAAACUGAAGUGGGAGGACACCGAAGUAACUACAGGACAGGGUUUUGUUCUCAUUAAAACAAAUGUAAAGUACUCUCCUGCUAAUAAUUAGGACGAAGAUGAAGAAUGUAUGAAGAACAGAAGAACAUUGGCUAUGGCUUUCAUCGACACAGUUUUUUUUUUUUAAUGUAAUUUUUAAUGUACCGUCUACCACAUAAAUUACAUCUAAAUGACCGAAAAAAUGAUUGUAUGUCUUCGUUUCUACUGAAGAAAACUGGCUUUUUCAGGUGGCAGCGCAGGCUACCAAAUCUAUGAAAAUUUAUUUAUAAAAAAUAGAUAUUUCAGGAAUCCAGUUUAAAAGUACGUCUCUUUUAGGUUUUUAGUAAUGAUUAUUGAUUCUUUCACCUUUGAACUUAUUGGCUCACUUAUUUUCCGAGUUUCGUCUUGAGCAUGAAUUUGGAGUGAUAAAGUAGGGAAUGACUGGUUAAAUGAACCGAUUAAUGAUUUAAUAAAGGAAUAAAUAGAUAGAGCGUUUGUUCA